AGCGCGUGCGUUGAAGAGCAAGCUGUCAAUCAGUGUCAAAAAGAGAGCACAGUUUCUAAAAUGGUGUUGGACCCUCGUGGAGAGGUCAAUGUUGGUGACGAACAAAUUGCUACUGAAAGGGAGCAGGAGGAGAAUACAUCAAACCAGACCAUCAGGGAGAUGGAGAAUUUGGUAUCCACCAAAAGCAGUGAGGAGGGGUCCAGAACUGACCAAUCAGAGAGUGAAGAGAGGACCUUUGUGACCAAUCUGUACCGCUUUAUGAAGGACAGAGGGACACCAAUAGAGAGAAUUCCUCACCUUGGUUUUAAACAGAUCAACCUGUGGAAAAUCUACAAAGCUGUGGAGACACUGGGAGGCUAUGAUGCAGUAACAGCACGGAGACUAUGGAAGAAUGUGUACGACGAGCUGGGUGGAAGUCCAGGCAGUACAAGUGCAGCCACCUGCACACGCAGACACUACGAAAGAUUGGUGCUGCCCUUUGAGCGGCAGCUGAGAGGAGAAGAGGACAAACCACUGCCACCCUCCAAACCUCGCAAACAGUACAAGAGAAUCCCUGAGAACAGAGGAAGUAAACCAGAGAGCAAGAGGAAGAGGAAGAUAGACAGAGAAGAGUGCGAGGAUAAAAUUGGAUCAGAUCAUCACUGCGAGAGAGGAGUAUGUUCCCAUCACAGAUGGUCAGCAUCUUCUGAUCACCCAGUCACAGACCAGUCAUCCACAAUCCAAGUCCAUGGUCCCCAUCCUAGCAACUGCUCCAGGGAAAAUCCCCUCCUUCAGAAUUCCACCCCAGCCGAAGUCAUCUCUCCAUUGGAGAAGAAGAAGCGUCUUGCCCAGGCUAGCCUUAUUGUUCCUACAUCUGGGACAAUAGAAGAACCAGAACUGGAGCGACCCUCAGUUAUUCAGCUUUCCAACUCUUCCCAGUCUCCUGCCUGCCCCUCCUCCUCUCGCACCCGCCACUCCUCCGAUGGAUCACCCCUUCCUGUCUCUUCUCCAUCUGCCUCCCUCUCCCGUAGCCCCUCUCCAUACUCCAUUUCAUCUGAAGACUGCAUAGCUGUGACAACUCAGAAGUCUCCUGUCGUAGAGACCGAGAGUAGGACAUCCUCUAGUUCGUCUUCUCUACCUACGUCAGAUGCCAGAAGCACCGGAGUAUGCAGGCCUCUCAGUUGUUACCCCACCAGCAAAAACAUCAUGAACUAUCGCCACCAUUACCGGGACUUCUUGCCUGCAGGUCUGCCACAAUCUGAAAAGUCCCAGAGGAGUCUGUCAGCAUGGAUCUCGGAUGGCAAAUCCAGCGGCAGACUUACAUCCCUCAGGCUCCCCUCCCCUCCUUCGUACAACACCAAAACCUGCUGGAUUCCAAAUGCCUCCAGCUUCUCCAAAGUCCUACCCCGUGAUCCCUGCAGGUCUGUGUCACUACAGCCCACAUUUAAACCACACAUCUCCUACCACCAGCACCUCCUAAAGAGGUCCAGCACAGAUGAAGCCUACUUAAAGAAGAUACCAAUGUCAUCUCCACUUCGCAUUAUGGACAGAAAAGAGAAGUCAAAGGCAGUGUUCCCCAAGCCUCUGCCUACCCAGCACUAUCUCUAUCACCCCCAUGCUAGUCUUACAAUGCCCUAUCUUCCAGCCUUAGACAGGCCUCGUGGAGAUUUAGCCGAACAGUUGAAAGCUCUACCUCUACAGCCAGUCCUUCUUCCGACCCAUCUAACCAUCCCUCCUCCUCAGACUCACUCUAUGCAUUGCCCGCCAGUGGGAAAUCCCUUCCCUGGGUCAUACGAGGCUGCCCUGCCCUCCUAUCCUUAUCCAUUACCGCUCUGGCAUCCACCUGCUGGAUACAGCAUGGCAAGGCUACAGCCAUACUGAACUAAUGCAAAACUAUUGGUCCUUGUUGUCUAGACUUCUAUAGGGCUUCCUGGACUAUGUGUUAAGUCAACAUGAAAUCAAAUUUGACCCUAUUUACUUUCUUGCAUGUUCCUGGUCUUAUUGUGCAUGAUACGUCAGUGCACAUUAUUCAACAGAAAAGGUGUUUGUCUUGUUAAUCUUUUAUCAAAAUGUAAUGACGUGCUUCCCCUCUGUACCAACUUUCCCCUUUUUGAUGUUGUCACCAAGGCCACGUACUGUAGGUUUCAAUUAAUGGGUCUAAACUUGACUGCAUCAUCUGGUAUGAAACUGCCACUUUUCAUGAUCCAAUCAAUUCUUGAUGGUUAAAAUAAUUUCCCAUAUUUCUUUCUCAUUGAAUAGUCUGUUUCAAUUGGAUAUAUGCCACAUUAUGGAAGUAAAAUUGGUUGCGUUUCAUGUUGACUUUAAAGAUUGACACCAACAGGAGGAUUAUUACAUAUUUGAUGAGUUUAUUUAUGUAGCUAUGUGAACAGAGAAUAACUUCUAAUUUAAUAUAGAAUAUGUUGAAACGAUCAGCACACAACCGCAGCACUCUUUUCAAGAAUACAAAUAGCUUUACUACAGUAUACGAUUCAGCAUCCAGAGAACUUGAAUCCUUUUCCAUUAACAUUACCAUGGCUUGUCUAUACCCAAAAUAUGGGUAUGUUUGUGUGGAAAAAGGGCAUCUACAAAACCACAUCUUUUACAAAUUAAUCUUGUUUUAUGGUUAACUUCAUUUUUAAGCCUUAUAUUCCAAUUUCAAGGACUGAAGAUUGUGUUUGACAACGCACCAAUGAUGUGAAAAAUAUUUGUCUGUAAUGCAAAAUUGUAUAUUGUGUGCAAAACAUAUUAGCAUAAAAUAAA